AUGCCGGUGCAUAUGGAAACUACAAUGUCCAGACCAGUCCUCUCUCCAGCCCGCAUCAAUGCUACAGCUUCUGAAACAUUCACGAUACUUCAGCAAAGGAUGAGAAUAGUUGAGGAACAGACCAGUUCUCUGAGGGAUGACCUAAUAAUGUUGGACUUUGGUGAAAAAAGAGGCCACUUGGAAACUCCAAAAUGUUUAGAAGAGCCUGUGAGCCAGAACAUCAUUAGCCCUAUCCAGAAUGAAAUAAUUUGUUCAGGAAAAACAGAUAUUUUAUGGAAGAACUGUGAGUUUCUGGUAAGUCGAAUGUGCCGUCUGGAAAGCCUCAUCCAGUCCUUGAAGAUGAACAUCUUCCGUCUGCAAACUGAAAAGGAUUUGAACCCACAGAAAACAGAUUUUCUGAAGGAAAGACUGAAUACAAUACAGGAGGAGCAUUCCAAGGACCUGAAGCUAUUGCAACUGGAAGUGAUGAAUUUGCGCCAGCAACUAAGAGAUGUAAAAGAGAAAGAAGACAAGGCACAAGAUGAGGUGCAAAGGUUGACUGUGACUCUGCAGCUUGCCUCAGAGACAAAGAAGAAUGCAGCCAUUAUUGAAGAGUAACUGAAGACCACAAAAUGUAAAAUGAACCUUAAAAUUCAGGAGCUAAGGAGACAACUGUCUCAAGAGAAGCACCUAAGGGAAUCUCUUGAGAAAUCUGGAUCAGCCGUGCUACUCAAAAUACAAGAAAUGGGAUCAACAGUGGAGAUGGAACAGAAACAGGUGCAAAUUUUGCAGCAAAACUGCAUUGCCCUACGCAGUUCUAUUCAGACCACCCAAGAACUACUGGCACAGGAGCGACAACAGAAAGGAGAGUUGGAGACCGCUACCUCACAGCUCAAGUCUGAUCUAGUUUCCAGAGAUGACCUCAUUUCCAGGUUGGCUGAAGAAAAUAAGAAUAUACAGAUGUCUUUCAACAAGGAACAUGAAGAAAAUGCAUAUUUGAGGUCUGAAAUAAUAUUCCUUCAUGAAGCAUCAGAAAAAGCACAGGUUUUGAAUGACCAACUGACUAGAAAGUGUUCAGAGCUGAACAGAAUGCUUCAGACUGUUAGAAUGGAAAAUACCAGAAUCAUUGCUGACCACCAAGCCAUUCUGCAGGAAGAACAGAAAAUGAUGACACAGACAUUUCAAGAACAAAACUUACUGCUGGAUGCAGCCCAUGCCAGUAUCACAAGUGAGCUACAGACUGUUCAGAAUGAGAAAACACAACUCCAAAUGCAUCUGGACCAUUUAGUCCUUGAGCAUAACCAGUGUAUCCAGAAAGCACAGGAUGCUGAGAAGAGGGCAGCUGUGCAAAAAGAGCUGCUAGAAUCAACUGUUGCAAGAUUGCGAAGGGAAUUGGAAGCAUCAAUGCAAGAGAAGACCUCUCUGCUACAGGAGAAAGAAGGACUUCAGAGAGAGGUUAAUAAAACUGAGAAAGAAAUAGCAGAAGAAAAAUGCAACUUGGAAAAGGAAUUAGCUAAAAGCAAGGUAGACAUAAAUGCAUUAACCCGCAACCUGCAGACUCUAGAGGAAAAGAAUAAGCAACUGGCAGAUCAAAUUGCUUUCCUAGAACUUGAGCAAGCAACUUCUGAUUACCAUUGGGGGUAUAAAAAGCUUGCCCAACAGCAGGUGGAAAAUGUCUUGGGAAAAAUUACUGAGAGUAAAAAUAAACUGGCCUAUGAAAAGGGAAGGCUACAGAUAAAAGUUAAGCAGCUAGAAGAACAACUACAUUCUUUUACUGAAACCAGUUCACAGAAUGACCAUCUACGCAAGUUGAAUAAGGCACUAGAGGGCAGAUAUGCUCAGGCAAACGCAGAACUCGUUGCCAACAAGAUACACCUGCUAGCACACUUGAAAGAGGUGAAAUCCAUUCUUGAAAAGAAUGAAGAGGAGCUCUCACGAGUUGUGAAGGGUCGUGCUGCAGCCCUGAAAGAGAGUCAGAAGUUGAAAGGUGACCUCGAAGCUUUGGAGGGCAGGGAGAACAAGAAGGUGGGAAACUUCCAGCGACAACUGGCAGAAGCUAAAGAAGACAACUGCAAAGUUACAAUCAUGUUGGAGAAUGUGUUGGCUUCUCACAGUAAGAUGCAAGGCGCUCUGGAAAAAGUGCAAAUAGAGCUUGGGCGGAGGGAUUCAGAGAUUGCAGGCCUCAAGAAAGAAAGGGCUCUAAAUCAACAGCGGGUACAGAAGCUGGAAGCAGAAGUGGACCAGUGGCAGGCCAGAAUCCUUGUCGUGGAUGCCCAGCACAACAGUGAGAUGGAGCCUCUACAAAAAGCUCUAGAUGUAGCUAGAGAAGACAACAGGAAACUGGCUAUGAGCCUGGAGCAAGCUCUCCAGACAAAUAAUCACCUGCAAACAAAGCUUGACCAUGUUCAAGAGAAAUUGGAAAACAAAGAACUUGAGCGACAGAAUUUGGAAACCUGCAAAGAACGGAUGAGUGAAGAAUCCAAAAUAGAAGCAGAAUUGCAUGCUGAACGCAUAGAUGCUCUAAGAAAGCAGUUUCAAAUUGAGAGAGAAACUGCAAAGAAAGCAGCACAACGGGAAGUGACUGAGCUGAAGAAAGCCCUUGAUGAAGCCAACUUCAGAUCAGUGGAAGUAUCCCGGAGCAACCGAGAGCUGCGGCAGAAACUUACGGAGUUGGAAAAGAUACUGAACAGCAGCAAGGAGAAAAUAAAGAAUCAAAAGGCCCAAAUUAAGCUCCACUUGUCAGCUAAGGCGAAUAAUGCUCAGAAUACAGAGAGGAUGAAGCAAAUAGAAACAGAAUUGAGGCAAAUGGAGCUAAUUAAGGAUCAAUAUCAGAAAAAAAACUAUGAACAGUCACUGAGUAUCCAGAAAUUUGUAUCUGAAAUGACUAACCUACAGAAGGAGAUGCAGCUGUUGGCCAAGAGCCAAUAUGAUAUGUCAGCACGGAAUAAACAGCAAGAGCUGCGACUUGAGGCAGAGUGGAAAAGGAGGCAGGAGCUGGAGCAUCGGUGCCAGGAAUUGGAAGAAACUGUUAGACACCUGAAGAAAUGUAAAGAGGCAACAGAGAAUAAACUGAAAGAAGCUAGUGUGGAAUCAGAACAGGUAUCAGCUAACCUGGAAGAAGCUCAGCGCUGGUUUAAGUGCAGACUCGAUGGCCUACAACUUGAGCUGACCAAAAACCGGUUGAAGAGGGAAGACAGGUGGCGGGAAGAGGACCAAGAUAAAAGGCACAACGGCAUAUCCAAUCAGUCUGCUCUACAUCGAUGGGAGAAUAAACAGAAUCUUAGACUUGUGCCCAAGAAGUGUCAUUCUGAACUAAAGAGAAAGUGGUGUCCUUGA